AUUGAACCAAAACUAAACAUGAAUCGCCUCCUGUUUCAUCUCCUCUAGUCUCUUUUGCAACUUGAAGUUGAUGUUGCAGCUUUUAUAUUUAUCUACUUUCCGGUAAGCUCUUUUUUUCUCUGUUUUUAUGCACAAUUCCUAUAUUCCAACCCUCGUUUCUUGUACAAUUGGAACAUUAGACUCUAAUUUAUGCACAAUUUCUAUAUAUCAAACCCUCCUUUCUUGCUCGAAUUCUCUCCAAUUUUGAUAUUUGUUGAUAGCCUUUAGACUGUUUCAAUUUAGCAAAAUCCCUUUCCAAUUUUUGCAACAUAGGUUAUUAUAUUAUCAUAAUCAUCAUCAUGUCACCCUUUCCAAAAGAUAUUGUAAUUGAUAUUCUGCUGAGAUUGCCUGCAAAAUCCAUUCUCCGGUUUAAAAGGGUGAGCAAAUUAUGGUACCAAAUUAUCAAUGACCCUUAUUUCAUCAACCUACAUCUUCAGCGACACAAAUUAUAUAUAGUGUUCAGAAUUUCCAGGACCUCUGUCCUUCACUUGUGUGAUUUUGACACAUUUAAUAACCCAACUGAAUUGGGAUACCCUUUUAAGGAUCUUGCUACUGGUGUUAAUAUUGAAGGAUCUUGUCGUGGGUUGCUUUGCAUCUCUAAGGAGACUUAUCCCUUCACUAUAAUUUUUUAUAAUCCAACAACACAAACUCACAAAACCCUGCCUUCUAUGCCCAUAAAGUCCCCAUUUCGUUACUACGGCGACAAUGGACUUGCAAAUUACCACCUCGGGUUUGGAUACGAUCCCAAGUCUGAGGACUACAAAUGUGUGAUGAUUCUUCUACGUCUUGUCGAUCAAGUAGGUUCGUUUAAGGGUCAAGUUAUGGUUUAUAGUUUGAGAGCGGAUUCCUGGACACGUGGAGCUCAGGAUGUUCCGUAUUUUUUUCAUUGCAGACAUGGAGAUUCUGCUCAUUUAGGAGGGAUCGUGCAUUGGUACAUUGAGGACAAUGAUGCAGUACCUCUUCCUAUAGUUAGCUAUAAUCUAGGUGAUGAAAGUUUUGGCUCGGUGCCACUGCCUAAUAAUGUAGGUGACAGUCUUCAUAUGAACACUCACUUAGGAGUACUCAACGAGUGCUUGUGUCUUACUGUCAACUAUGUUGAUGACUGUGAUGUAUGGAUCAUGAAAGAGUAUGGCGUACUUGAAUCUUGGACUAAGGUGUUUAAGAUCGCAAAAGCUGUUCAUUAUGAGGUAUUGAGGCCUAUAUCUUUCUUAAAGAACAGGAAGCAAUUGUUGGUGAACUUUCCCUGGUGUAAUGUUUCUUCUGUGGAUUUGGAAAAUUGGAAGAUUACCAAGUUUAAGCUCCGUGGGUUGCGUAAAUUAGAGAGUGCAUAUAUUUGUUUAGAGAACCUUCUUAUGUUGAAGGAUGAUGAAGACAAAAUUUCAGACUUUCAGCAUUUGCUGGAGAAUGCUAAAAAGCCAAGGUUAAUUAACAAUACUGAAACUUGAGAUGUUUAUGCAUCGACUUGGUUUUCGUUGUUGAAUUUGUUGUCAUUUUGCUUUCCUCGCAAUUUUAUUGUUUCACAUCUAUA